UUCCUUGAGUCCGCUUGUAGCGAAUGCAUUUGACUCAGCAUGAGCCAGCCGACGGCCCGUCGUCGCGAUGCAUUGUGGGCCUUGGCAAUAUGGCUGCCUCCUUGGUGUGCUGCUGAGGGGAGUUUGGUGCUCCGGCAACCCGGGACGUUUUCCCUCCGCUUCCCUCACCCCGCUCUCUGGGGAUCCUGUAAGCGAAAAGGAGCCUCCAGCAGCCCAAGGUGGGUGACGCGAUGGGCCGGACUGGGCUUCCGUCGCAGCAGCCGACCAAAGAGCAAGCACCCCCGCGGGGGUAAGACGUCCUCCCUCCCACCGGCCACCAGAAGCUCUUGGAACAGGCCCUGGAGGGAGAGCCUGCCCCAGCGCCUGAACCGGACUGCCCCCACAAGGGGUGGACUUUUCGCGGGUGAGCCGUUUUCUUCUGCAUCCUCAUCAAGGAUAGGGAUAGCCACGUCUGGAACAGAGGUGCCUACGGCCAAAUCGUCCCCUUCCCUGAAAGCUCUGCCCUUACUAGCAGUUAUUUUGUCUGAAAUAGGAUCCUGGCGCACCUUCUUAUCGUUCUGCCUUGAGCAGGGGACCACGUUGCAAGCCUGCACCUCUCUGUAGCUCCUACCUGCUCCUGUUCUAAGAAUCUUCGUAUUGGAAUCCAAAGCAGUGAUUGUCCCUUUCAAGCUCCGUGUAUUUCUGCUAACAUCACUUAAAGGCAAAUUUUUGUAACAAGGACACAUGCUGAACAGUACUUCCCACUAAGCCUAUGUGUUUGCUUCCACUGUUGCUUGAAAAGAAAUUUCUGCUCUGACUUCUUAGCCCAAAUAGGAACUUUCUCCAUGCAACAUCUCUUGUGGUGUUCACAGAGUCUCUGCCUGGGACAAGGUACCAGCUUUAUCCUGAACAAAAAUGCCAGAUCUGUCCUGAUAUCAUAGAAGCCUAUACUCUCUGUCCUGAUAAUCGACCAUGAUUAAAGCACUCUGCUAAAUUCCCAAUUAUAAGCCACAAUCUUUAACGUUGAAUAGAUAGAUGCAUCUAGAUCCAUCUCUUCAAAACUUUAUUGUGGACAAUUUUUUUCUGACAUCUUUUUUUUAAACUAAAAAAUAAAUCAUAAUCUCUACGAGAGCCUUCUUUCAAUAAAGACAAGUGUAUAUAUAUAUAUAUACAGCCACAGUAUUCCUUUCUGGUAUUGUAACAUAGUUCACAUGAUUCUAUAUCCUAUUUCUGAAUAAGGCAGAAGAAAGAAUCCACAUGCAUAUCUCUGCCUCAUAACUUCAUCUUGAUCGUGGUAUUUUUCUCCUUCCAGACACUACCAGUUGCCCAUAGUGUUGGUAUUGCACUACUCUCCAACCCACCCUGAAAAGGAAUCUCUCAGCUGCUGAGUAGAAAGCUUGGCCACACAUAUUCCAAAAUGCAAGCACUACAGAAUCCAUUCUGAAAGGGCUCCUUCCCAUAAAGCUUCAUCUGGAACAAGAAUUGCUGGAUACCCUUGCUCUCCUAGCUACCCUUCUCUUCACAUUGUGUUGGAUUGGAGAUUUCUGAUCACUUGUUCUUAGUUCCUUCUCUGAUGGAGUCUGAUAUGUUGCAGUCACCCCUCCUGGGGCUUGGGGAGGAAGAUGAGUCAGACAUGACUGACUGGAAUCUGCCCUUGGCCUUUAUGAAGAAGAGGCACUGUGAGAAAAUUGAGGGCUCAAAGUCACUGGCUCAGAGUUGGCGGAUGAAAGACCGGAUGAAGACUGUUAGUGUUGCCUUAGUAUUGUGCCUAAAUGUUGGUGUGGAUCCGCCUGAUGUGGUGAAGACAACUCCAUGUGCCCGUCUUGAAUGUUGGAUAGAUCCUUUGUCAAUGGGGCCACAGAAAGCUCUGGAAACCAUUGGUGCAAAUUUGCAGAAGCAAUAUGAAAACUGGCAACCAAGGGCCCGGUACAAGCAGAGCCUCGAUCCUACAGUGGAUGAAGUUAAGAAGUUAUGUACCUCAUUGCGUCGAAAUGCCAAGGAAGAGAGAGUCCUCUUCCACUACAAUGGACAUGGUGUCCCCAGGCCAACUGUAAAUGGAGAAAUUUGGGUCUUCAAUAAGAACUACACUCAGUACAUCCCACUAUCCAUAUAUGACCUGCAGACAUGGAUGGGCAGUCCCUCAAUUUUUGUGUAUGAUUGCUCCAACGCUGGUCUGAUUGUAAAAUCUUUCAAGCAGUUUGCCCUUCAGAGGGAACAGGAACUGGAGGUGGCUGCAAUUAACCCAAAUCAUCCCCUGGCUCAGAUGCCCCUACCCCCUUCAAUGAAAAACUGCAUUCAGCUGGCUGCAUGUGAAGCCAGUGAGUUACUACCGAUGAUCCCUGACCUGCCGGCUGACCUGUUCACAUCCUGCCUUACUACACCCAUCAAGAUUGCACUGAGAUGGUUCUGCAUGCAGAAGAGUGUGAGACUGGUACCAGGAGUCACACUGGAUUUAAUAGAGAAAAUUCCUGGAAGGCUAAAUGACAGGAGAACACCUCUGGGAGAACUGAAUUGGAUCUUUACAGCCAUCACAGAUACAAUUGCAUGGAAUGUCCUACCCAGAGAUCUUUUUCAAAAGCUCUUCAGGCAAGACCUAUUAGUGGCGAGCCUCUUUCGUAACUUCUUAUUGGCAGAAAGGAUAAUGAGGUCUUACAACUGCACACCAGUCAGUAGUCCGCGUCUACCUCCAACUUAUAUGCAUGCCAUGUGGCAAGCUUGGGACCUCGCUGUGGAUAUAUGUCUUUCUCAGUUACCCACCAUUAUAGAAGAAGGAACUGCAUUCAGACACAGCCCAUUCUUUGCUGAGCAACUCACAGCAUUCCAGGUGUGGCUGACAAUGGGAGUAGAAAACCGCAACCCACCUGAACAGCUUCCAAUUGUACUGCAGGUGCUGUUGAGUCAAGUGCAUCGGCUGAGAGCCCUUGAUUUACUGGGCCGGUUUUUGGACCUGGGUCCCUGGGCUGUUAGCUUGGCUUUGUCUGUUGGCAUUUUCCCCUAUGUGCUAAAGCUCCUUCAGAGUUCUGCUCGAGAGCUAAGACCUCUUCUUGUCUUCAUCUGGGCCAAAAUCCUUGCAGUGGACAGUUCAUGCCAAGCCGACCUUGUGAAGGACAAUGGUCACAAAUAUUUCCUUUCUGUUUUGGCAGAUCCCUACAUGCCGGCUGAACACAGGACGAUGACCGCUUUCAUCUUGGCAGUGAUUGUCAACAGCUACAACACAGGGCAGGAAGCCUGUCUUCAAGGGAACUUGAUUGCCAUUUGCCUAGAGCAGCUGAAUGAUCCACAUCCUCUUCUGCGCCAGUGGGUGGCUAUUUGCUUGGGGCGUAUCUGGCAGAAUUUUGACUCUGCAAGGUGGUGUGGUGUGAGAGACAGUGCCCAUGAAAAGCUCUACAGUCUUCUCUCUGAUCCAAUCCCAGAGGUUCGCUGUGCUGCAGUCUUUGCCCUUGGCACCUUUGUAGGAAAUUCCGCUGAGCGGACUGAUCAUUCUACCACCAUUGAUCACAACGUUGCAAUGAUGCUGGCCCAGCUCAUCAAUGAUGGAAGCCCCAUGGUCCGAAAGGAGUUGGUGGUGGCAUUGAGUCACCUGGUGGUCCAGUAUGAAAGCAAUUUCUGCACUGUUGCCUUACAGUUUAUGGAAGAAGAAAAGAACUAUGCACCGCCUUCUCCUGCUGCUCCAGAAGGUGGAAGCCUGACUCCUGUGCGGGACAGUCCAUGCACACCAAGACUCCGUUCUGUCAGCUCCUAUGGGAAUAUCCGAGCAGUCACCACAGCAAGGAACUUGAAUAAAUCUCUGCAGAACCUCAGCUUGAAUGAAGAAUCUGGGAACUCCGUUGCAUUUUCCCCUGGGAACUUGAGCACCAGCAGUAGUGCCAGCAGCACUUUGGGCAGCCCCGAGAAUGAAGAGUAUAUCCUGUCCUUUGAAACAAUUGACAAGAUGAGAAGAGUCAGCUCCUACUCCUCGCUGAAUUCACUCAUAGGGGUUUCUUUCAACAGUGUUUAUACACAGAUCUGGAGAGUCCUCUUACACUUGGCUGCUGAUCCCUAUCCAGAUGUUUCAGACUUGGCUAUGAAAGUGCUCAACAGCAUUGCUUACAAGGCAACAGUAAAUGCCCGCCCCCAGCGCAUUCUUGACACCUCCUCCCUCACACAGUCUGCCCCAGCCAGUCCUACCAACAAGGGCAUGCACAUACAUCAAGUGGGAGGCUCACCACCAACCACUAGCACCAGCAGCUCCAGCUUGACCAACGAUGUGACAAAGCAGCCAGUCAACAGGGACAUUUCAUCUGUAAGACCUGCAAAUGUGGGCAAUAUGGGGGUGCAAUACACUCCCCACUCCCACCAGUUUCCAAGGACAAGGAAAAUGUUUGACAAGGGCCCAGAUCAGACAGCUGAUGAUGCUGAUGAUACAGUGGGGCACAAAAACUUCAUGUCGGCAACAAUGCAGACAGGGUUUUGUGAAUGGAGUGCCAAGUAUUUUGCCCAGCCAGUGAUGAAGAUUCCAGAAGAGCAUGAUUUGGAAAGCCAGAUCCGCAAAGAGAGGGAGUGGCGGUUUCUGCGCAAUGCCAGAGUCCGAAAGCAAGCACAGAAAAUAAUCCAAAAGGGCAUUUCAAGACUUGAUGAUCAAAUCUUUCUGAACAAGAACCCUGGCAUGCCCUCAGUGGUAAAGUUUCACCCAUUCACCCCAUGUAUAGCGGUAGCUGACAAAGACAGCGUCUGUUUCUGGGAUUGGGAAAAAGGAGAAAAACUGGACUAUUUUCACAAUGGAAAUCCACGCUACACCAGAAUCACUGCUAUGGAAUAUCUGAAUGGGCAAGACUAUUCUCUGCUCCUGACUGCUACAGAUGAUGGUGCAAUAAGGGUGUGGAAAAACUUUGCUGACCUGGAGAAGAAUCCUGAGAUGGUAACUGCCUGGCAGGGCUUGUCAGAUAUGCUGCCAACAACACGUGGUCUGGCCCGAAGGGUUUCAAUCUAUCUUGACAGAAGUAAACAGGGAGGAGCAGGGAUGGUGGUGGACUGGGAACAAGAGACUGGGCUCCUUAUGACUUCUGGAGAUGUGCGGGUUAUCCGAAUCUGGGAUACGGACCGAGAAAUGAAAGUGCAGGAUAUUCCGACGGGGGCUGACAGCUGCGUCACCAGCCUGUCCUGUGACUCUCAUCGCUCGCUCAUUGUAGCAGGGCUUGGCGAUGGCUCCGUCCGUGUUUUUGACAAGCGGAUGGCUCUGAGUGAAUGCCGUGUGAUGACCUAUCGAGAGCACACAGCUUGGGUGGUGAAAGCGUAUUUGCAGAAACAUCCUGAAGGCAACAUCAUGAGUGUCAGUGUCAAUGGAGAUGUCCGCUUUUUUGAUCCAAGAAUGCCAGAAUCGGUUAAAGUCCUUCAGAUAGUCAAAGGACUGACUGCUCUGGACAUUCACCCUCAAGCUAACCUGUUUGCAUGUGCGGCUUCUUUCCCAUGUUUGCAGCCGAGUGGCUCUAUGAAUCAGUUCACUGCAAUCUACAACGGGAACGGUGAGCUGAUAAACAAUAUCAAGUACUACGAUGGAUUCAUGGGGCAGAGAGUGGGUGCCAUCAGCUGCCUAGCCUUCCAUCCACAUUGGCCCCACCUGGCAGUUGGAAGCAACGACUACUACAUCUCAGUGUACUCGGUGGAGAAACGAAUCAGAUAACACUGUGUGGCUGCUUUGUCAGAGCAGGACAUCUUCUGGCAGGCGGGACCAUGUCUCAUUCACGAUGUACAUAGUGAAACUAUCAACUUGAAUGUUUAGUGUUGGCUGCUGCUGCUGUGCGAUCCCCGUAACUUGAACACUUUUAUCUCCUGAUUUAGCUACUGAUGAUUUUGAGGGGAGGGAGAGAAGCAAUCUCCUGCUUUUCCUCACAGCCCCAGCCUCCAAGAGCUACAGAAAAGGAGCAUUUAUGUCCUGCACGGGUUCCACCACCAUCACCAUCCAUGGCUGCUUCUCUAGUUGUUGGAAAACAUGGUUCCCAUGAACUUCCUGAGAUGACUGCUUCCUGGCAGGGUGGGGUUUCCUUUGAGUCAGGAGUGAAUUCAGAACUUACCUACUGUUCCACAUAUUCUACAUAGACUGUCUGUGGCUGCUACCUAUAUUGUGCCAAGUGCUGGCCCUGGAAGUCACAUGCUAGCAGGAUGCCUGGCCUUGGAUAAUCUGUGUGCAUCUUUAUAUACCACCAGCCGUCUUCUCUAGCAUUCACUAUCCCACUGGGAAUAGACAAAGGGAAUUAGUGGGACUCCUAAGGAGGAUAAAGUCUCAGUGCUACAGAAAAUACUGCAGAGUUGGCUGCCACUAAGGAGGGGAAACCAGGAAAUGAUCCCCACUUUCUUGGUAUCCAUUGGGAAACCAGAGUCACAUUUGAAUAGCUGCAUCAAUGCACGUGACAGGACAGGAGAUCUUCCCCUCUUACGCCCACUCCAUCCUUAAGUUGCUCCAGCCAUGUUCUGCUCUUUUUGCUUGCAGCAAAACCCCAUAAGCACAAGAAAUGGCCUGCUACCUCCACAUAGACAGCAAGGAGUUCGCUGAUCAUCGUACCACUGCCUUAAACCCUCCCCCCCUCCCCACCCCAAAUAUGCUUUCCUUAUGCAGAAGUGCUAUUAUUCAGCUUGGUAAUGGAUGCAGAAACUUGCAACUCACAUACUGAUCAGGCCUGUGCAGCAGUCCCUCCUCCUCCCUUCCCUCCUUUGGGCAUUUGCAGCUAGGUUGAACACAGGGUCAGCUGUACGUACCUGGGGCCCCUGUAUAUGUGUUGGCGUGCAUGUGUGGUGACUGCAAGGAAAUUAUUGCUGUUCCUGUUCUCUAGAGAAUGCUGGUCCCAUCUCACGUCCCAUCUGUCUCCCAUCCAAUGAAGAUUCCAAUCCCUUCAGAGCCCAAGGGAUGAUAAUUCCAAGUAUAGACCUGCCUGGUUAGCUGAGGCCACGAAGACAAGAAGGGCCUGUAUGGCAUGGUGUCAGUGGCUGCUACCUAUAUUGUGCCAAGUGCCGGCCCUGGAAGUCACAUGCUAGCAGGCUGCCUGGCCUUGGAUAAUCUGUGUGCAUCUUUAUAUACAGAAACAACUAGGCAUCGGCUUCAAUUCCAGUUGUCCACAAAACUGUGGAGAGGCAUGGAAAUUAGUUUUGCCAAUAAUGUUGCCAAUUGUGAUAAUGUUUAGAGAGCCAUCCAGCAUCUUGCAUUAUGGACAAUGUCAGCUUUGCCUAGCCUGCAGAAUCCACUUCCUGGCUCUCUCAAUAAAGCCUGCUGUAUUUAUGUUUUUUGUGGGCUGGGAGCCACCGUGGAAAAUGCUGAUCAGAGAGCAGGGAGGAUGGUUCUUAUAGCUAAAAACCUGUAUGGCAGGCCCCAAAUUAAGUGAUGGGAAUGAAAUUUAAGGUGAUGUGACACACCGGUUAGCUGACUCCUGCGUCAGCUGUUCUGGGAUAUGCAGUCUUCGGCCCCUGUUGCCACACCUGUCCCUCUGUAAGAGACAAUGAACUCAGGGAAGGAAGUGGCGAUGAACUCAGGGAAGGAUGAUGGAUUUUGUUAACAAGCAUCAAGCCAGAGUCGGGGAUCGACAUCUAACUGACUUAACCCACACAAUUAAAAAUGGAUGGAAGUAUUUUAUUUUGUAACCUGCAUCCAUUGUGUUAGUUUCAAGAACAAGAUCCUCUGUGCUCCCUUCUUUGCUUGUGCAGCCCAGAAUGUGGUUGUGGACUUUGAAAAAGGGGGGGAAGGGGGGGACACCUAAUUCCAGACUGUCAGCUUUCCAUCCAAGCAUGUGUGUGGGGGCUGUGCUUUUUCACAGGUCUGAUGUGGAGAUCCAAUCAUGAAGUUUAACCAAGGCUCCAGAAAACAUUCUACCUACACAGUUCACUUAUCUCUAUUUAUUUUCCAGGAAAAAAAAUUAAAAGGAAAAAUGCAUACAUUUAAUAAUAAACCACAAGAUUGUAAUGUGAGAGUAAAACAAUUAAUGAAAUAAAUGGUUAAUAAAAAGUAAAUGCCAGAA